AUGAGCAGCCGUCAUAUCCCAACAAAGCGUAUUAACUCCGGCGUGAUAAUCUCAGCCCCGGGUGGUCUGCGCUCGAUGCCAGAGGGAGGAUGGGGUGACGAUACGCCCGUCAAUCGCUCCAAGGGACCCAACAAGAAUUAUGCGAAACGGGGAAUCAAUCACUUCCCUGAAAUAUCUUUACGCAGUGUGAUGCCAGUCUAUGCGCCAUACGAUGGCCAUGCUUCAUUCACUCCUGACAAAAGCGAUAGAGAAUACAGGACCGUGUCUCCGCCGCCACCGGCGCUUCCUGAGAGACCCCAGGAUCAACAUACAGCGGGGACAACACUAUGCCUUCCACUACUCAACGUGGCGCUGACCGCCACCGUGGAUGGAACGAUCGCUCAUAUAGAGCUUGUACAGAAGUUCGACAAUCCUUCAGAUGCAAUCGUCGACAAGUCGAAGCACAUAUUUCCACUCUAUGACCGUGCCGUCAUCACCUCAUUCGAAUGUACAAUCGGUGAUGAGCGCCGCGUCAAAGGAAUCGUCAAAUCCAGAGCUCAAGCUUGUCAAGAAUUCGAAGAAGCAGUCCGCGACCGAGUCAAAGCGCCUGCAAUUUUAGAAGAGCAUACACCUGAGAUCUUUGAGACUUCUCUUGGGAACAUUCCUGCCAAAACGACCACCGAGAUAAAGAUCACGUACGUCCAGGAGCUCAAGGUCGUCAUGAUGGAAACAGAAGCGACAGAAGGUAUAGCACUUACCAUUCCACUGUCUAUUGCACCGCGUUACGGAGAGCCACUAGUUCCGUGGCACACUCCAUCGGAAGUGCGAGAAGAAAGGCUUGAUAUCUGGGUAAGACUCGUUGAUGACGUUAAAGUCAAUCAUGAAGGCUGCAACGCAGAGUCUGGUCACCGUAUCGAAUUUGAAGGUACCAAAACUGCCAUUUGCUCUCAUGGAUCCGCGAUGGGUGCUGCUGAAGACCCUGGAACAUAUUCCGUUUGGCACCAUCAGUCCCUGUCACCUGUUCUAAGGGAGGAUUUUGUUUUUGUCAUUCAGAUGCAAGAGGGGCAUCAUAUUAAGUCUCGAGCUAUUGCUUGUCCGGCAGAUAGCAAUGGCCUUGGUGCCAUGGUAUUGAGCAUCAGACCCAACGACCUGUUCCGCAAUGCCAUUAUUCCAAAGUCUUUCACGGGAGAGAUUUUGUUUCUUCUCGAUAGAUCUGGAUCGAUGGACUAUGGAUAUCAUGACGAAGUAUCAAAGAUCGCUGUGAUGCGCGAGGCAAUGCUUCUAGCGCUUGCCGGAAUUCCGACUACAUGCAUCUUCAACGUUAUUUCAUGGGGAUCAGCUACAGUCGGUCUUUGGGGUAAUUCCAAGCCUGCCUCAGAAGAGAACAUCAGAGAAGCAAAAGAUUAUGUCUCUCACAUCAAGGCUGAUAUGGGCGGCACGGACCUUCUUCGAGCUCUAGAAGCCGUAGUGAGACGACGAGAUCAACAGAGAGGGCCAACUCAGAUCAUCGUUCUUACGGACAGUGAACUGGAGCCCGAAGAAUCUAUCCAAUUCAUCUGGAAGAAACGUCAGCUUCUGGGAGAUAGCAUUCGUUUCUUUGCACUUGGCAUUGGAGACGAGGUGUCUCAUCGCCUAGUCGAGAGUAUCGCCGAGUGCGGUGGCGGGUACAGCGAUGUUGUCCAUACUACGAAAACCCCACGAUGGCACGAUCGGCUGAACCGCCUGGUCAAAUCUGCCCUUCAGCCGAAUAGCUGGAGUUAUGAUAUUUCUCUUGGAAGUGAGUUCGAACGCCAGAGUUUGGCUGUUGGCAAGCUAGGGGGGGAAAGUGCUUUGCCUAGUGGUAAAGUACCUUACUUCCAAGCUCCUUUCCCAACCCUACCACUGCAUCCCUUCAGUUUCAACUCGAUAUCCUUCUUGUUCAAUCUCCGCCAUGGGGAAUCUCUCCCGAAGACUGUCACUAUAACCAUAACCACACCUGAGGCAAAGAAAAGGUCUUAUGAGCUUCCAGUUCAGCUAGUCACCGGUGGUGACGUGGCAAUCCGUUGCCUAGUGGCCAAAUCCGUUCUUCUCGAUCUAGAUGUUAGAGAGAAGCGAGGAGCAACUCUGGCAAAGGUCGUCAAGGCUAAUGCCGAAGAAAUUGGUAUGAUGUACUCAAUCACCAGUAAAUGGACAAGCUUUGUUGCUAUAUCAGAGAAUGAGCCUACGGAAGCCGAAGAAGAGCAAAAGAUGAAUCAUUACAAAGCCGUACUCGACGAGAUGGAUAUCGACCAGCUUUUGAAUACCGUGGGUAUAGAUGAUGACUCUUUAUUCGUAGGCGCCGACUUCGCAGCCCAAACAUUCAGCCCAUCUGGAGUUCUCAUACCCCAGCAAGAUAUGACAGCCAGCAUAGACCAAUCAUGGGUUCCUCUUUUUGCGUCAAACAGGAGCUUAUCGCCCAAGUUCGGAAACAAAGGCAGUACUCGACCUGCAGUCAAGUAUGAAGAAAGUGACGGGAGUGUCUAUGGUGAUAAAGUAUCCGAGCUGGCUGAACCUCACAGCACUGCGGAAACCAUGACACUGCCCAAGGCUUCGAAUGUCGAUGACGGUGGUGGAAAUCUUGCGCCUGGGGAACCCUUCUCAGAUGCUCGCGCCUUAACACAUCAUCUAUCACCGAGUAAAAACUCUAGUUCUGGCUCAGAUUCUAGUAUAGCUAUCGUUGAGGGUAGUGACUCGGAAUCAAGCAUUCGUAUAAGGGCGACGAUAUCUAAGGCCCCUUUCCCAGUCGACCAUGGGGUGUCCUCUGCAAAUUCCCCCUCUUUUGCCAGCAGUGGAGCAUUAUCGGAUGCCUCUUUAUCAGCAACAACAUGCGAAGGACCAUACAUUACGCCGUGUGAGAUUUCUUCCAAGACCGAUGUAUAUGACGAUUCUGAUACGGAAACCCAUACCGAGGACGGAAGACUGAGCGGUUUCGGAUCCCUACCUCAUCCAUCCGUUGUAAAUGACCCUCUAAAUUGGCAAUUCGCGAUAGAAUGUCAAGACGGCAGCGGCCUCUUCGAUUUUCCAGAGGAUGUACGAGAAAGGAUACAACUCCACUUCUGCCCCGACGCGGCAACGAAGCUCAUUUCCAAGAUCGCUGAGCUUCUCAAGGAAUGCAUCACUCCUGAUAGUGACAAGCAUGAACUUUGCAGCCGCAUGCUCGACACACUCAUGAUCAUCGAAUGUUAUAAGACGCACUUGGCCCAAGAGGAGGACAUCUGGGACAUGUUUAUCGAUAAAGCUCGGGAUGCAGUGCUGGAGACCCUUGAGCUCUCAGCAGAUGAUCAGAUAUUGCAGGAGUUAGAAGGACUCUUAAGGUCAUCGAUGAUGCAUGCGCAUUAUAUGGCUGCGACUGGUAUCAAAGAGUCGCAGAAGGAUAAAGAGGACAGAGAUCUAGCAUGCUGUCCUGUAUGCGAUAUAGCAUGGCUUACAGCGCGGCAGUUCAUUUGUCCUUUCGAUCAUGAGUCUGAGACGGAUGUUGAUGAAUUUCGAAAUUGGGAGGACUUUUGGGGGCAUCAAGUCCAAAGGGGACAUGUCGUUUGUCCGCAAUGA